AGAAAAAGCCUCGCACGUCAGCACGUGUGUACAGGUACGUGUGCCACCUGACCCUAAACCAUCCUUUGUCUAUAUAUGUUCUAGAACGUUCAAUCACUUUACUCGUUCUAGCUUCAUCUCUGUGUCUCGGUCACAGUGAUUUGCACCAUAUACCAUUAUUUUUCAGAUUAGAACAGAGAAAUGGCGACAAAGAGGAGCGUGUCUACGUUGAAGGAGGGUGAUCUGAAAGGAAAGAGGGUGUUCGUUAGGGUGGAUCUCAACGUUCCUUUGGAUGAUAACAGCAAAAUCACCGAUGACACUAGGAUCCGUGCUGCUGUUCCCACUAUCAAGUACUUGACCGGUUAUGGCGCCAAGGUCAUCCUUGCCAGCCACUUGG